UUUAUGGUUUGUUUCAUCAUGUAAUGUAACAUUUUUUAAGUUUACAUUUCUUAUUAUUUCACUUUUUCAGGCUGUGGCGAGAUCGCCAGGAUUUUCUCAGUGUAGCAUUUUUAUGUUGGGUGAAGUUGUCACACGUUACUACGCAACUAUUUGUCAUAAGUGCACACUUUGAUGUUCAAUUUGGUAUAAUAAAUAUAUGAACAAGACAACAUUCAUGCGUUAGGUGUUCAGUCCAGGAAGACACCAUCGGUGCCCCUGCGGCUGAGAGCACCCGAGAACUCGACUACUAUGAUGAACUCAUGGAAGUCUCUAGAGAUGACGUUGCCGAGGUUCAGGCUACUUACGUAGUUGAAAAUCAAUUUCAACUGGAGGCAAUACCACCCGACCUUUUGACAUCAUAGAGGAUUCCGUCGUCGAAGAUCGACCACCACCAGCAUGUGUUGCUAUACAAACUGCAACCACUUUUGCAGUAGUUAAAGCAGCAACCAUCAGAGGAAAAAAUAAACUCUUCGACAGCGACGGGUAUUCUUACGUCGAAAGAAACACACUUUCGGAUGGCACCGUUGUGUGGCGUUGUGCGACUAGAAAUGCACAGGUCAAGCAUUGUCGAGCAUCGGUUAGACAGCAGGCUGACCUGUUUGUGGCUGGUGAGCACAUGCACUGCCAUGUACGGCAAAUAGGAGGCGUAGUGGUUGCGAAAAUGACUGUAGACAUGAAGUUGGCAGCGAAGAGUGAUCCCUUCAGAUCAGCAGGGAGUAUCGUUGAUCAGCUAGUCCAGGAACAUUUAGGUCUGGCUCCCUGCCCAGCGCUGCCAACGAUCGAUCAUCUAGUACACACAGCAAACUACUGUCGCCAGACCAGCCGGCCGAAGAAUCCAACUGACUUGGAAUUCGAGUUGAAAAUGGAUUUCAUCCCAGACAACUUCUUAAAAGGAGAUGUCACUACUGGAAGAAAACGGUAUUUGAUCUUUUCAACAGAUCAACAGCUGCAGCUGUUAUCUAGAUCCACGUGCUGGUACGCAGACAGUACCUUCAAGCUUGUGAAGGAACCGUUCACGCAGCUCUUUAGCGUACAUUCUUUCAUCAGGCAUGAAGACUGUGCAAAACAGAUACCACUUGUUUUCUGCCUGAUGUCUGGACUUCGCAAAAAGGACUACAAGGCUGUUUUGGAGGCGAUCAUUGGGAUGUUGCCCCAGGCACCGAGGGUACAACGUCUGGUGAUUGACUUUGAAUCAGCCUUGUGGAGAGCUGCUGCGUCCGUGAUCCCAGACGUACAGAUAAAGGGGUGUUCGUUUCACUGGACACAGGCUGUCUGGAGAAAGAUUCAAGACCUUGGUCUUCGUCAAGCCUACCUUAGUGACAACGACACUCACAGAUAUCUGAGGAAAUUGAUGUCAUUGCCUUUUCUUCGACAUCAACACAUUCCAGCUGUGUUUGAUGGGUUGAAGGCAGAAGCAUCAACUGACCAGCUGACAACUUUAGUCGAAUACCUGGAAGCGACCUGGAUCCUGGAUGCAACAUGGACACCAGACAGCUGGAGCGUAUACUUUCAGAGUAUACGCAUCAACAACGACGUUGAAGGAUGGCAUUUCAGACUUAACAACCGAGGUCGUCCCCAAGUCCAGCUCUACCUGCUUGUGUCCCUGCUGCACCAAGAAGCCAUCCACAUCAGCAACCAGGUUCGACUGGUGUCAGAUGGAAAGUUGAAGCGGAUGCAGAAGAAGAAGUACCGCGACAUGCAGGCUAAGACAUUCAAGUAUUGGGAGGAGUACGAACGUGGUGAGAGAAGUGCAGCCAGACUUCUCCGUGCUUGCUCCCGCUUGGUGUCUCCGGUAUAAUGUAUCAUAAAUGUACCUCGUCGGUUCAGUGCAUACUUUAGUAUUUAGUAUAUAUCAAAUAAUCGUUAAACUGUGCACUUAUGACAAAUAGUUGCGUAGUAACGUGUGACAACUUCACCCAACAUAAAAAUGCUACACUGAGAAAAUCCUGGCGAUCUCGCCACAGCCUGAAAAAGUGAAAUAAUAAGAAAUGUAAACUUAAAAAAUGUUACAUUACAUGAUGAAACAAACCAUAAA